UUGGUUUGACAAAUUCCUUGUACAGGUUGGCAGUAGCAAGAAAGACUAGUCUCCUGUUGAGUAUAUAAGUAUAUAACCAAGUCCAGAUAAUUUGGAGCAUAAUCUAAAAAAAAAAAAGAUGGUCAUAAUUAAGUUAACUCAAACAUUAUCAACAAUAAUAACAUAUUCAUAUUUACUCAAUCUCUGUCUGAAUAACUCACAAUGGUUGUCCUUGUCCUUGUCCAUGGCUGCUGCCCAAGAAAUACAAGUGAAGGUUGGGGUUGUGUUAGACACGGACACCAUAGAAGGGAAGAUAGGAUUGAGCUGCAUAAACAUCGCGAUUUCGGACUUCUAUGCUGUUCAUCCUGAGUUCAACACCAGGAUUGUUCUUCAUGUUAGAGACUCCAAGAAUCGUGAUAUUGUUAUGGCCGCAGCUGCUGUUUUGGAUUUACUUAAGAAUGAGCAAGUGGCAGCAAUCAUCGGUCCAGAAACAUCUCCAGAGGCUCAAUUUGUUAUCAAUCUUGGAGACAAAGCUCAAGUUCCCAUUGUUUCUUACUCUUCUACAAGCCCUUUACUUUCUCCCUCACAAAACCCGUAUUUUGUUCGAGCAACACAGGAUGAUUCCUACCAAGUACAACCCAUUGGUGCACUUAUACAAGCUUUUGGAUGGAGGGAAGUUGUUCCUGUCUAUGUGGCUGAUGACUUUGGUGGUGGGAUCAUACCUUUCUUGGCUGAUAAACUGCAACAGAUUGAGACCCGCAUCCCCUAUAGAAGUGUCAUUCCAUCAUCUGCCACCAAUGAUCGAUUAGAAUUAGAGCUUUACAGGUUGAAGUCUAUGUCCACUCGUGUCUUCAUAGUUCAUAUGGAAGCUUCUCUAGGAUCUCGGCUGUUUUUGAAAGCAAAAGAGCUUGGAAUGAUGAGCCAAGAGUAUGUAUGGAUCAUCACCGAUGCAAUGGCCAAUGUCUUGGAGUCUUUGGAUCCCGCAGUAAUACAGUCCAUGCAGGGAGUAUUAGGAGUGAAGACUUAUGUAACCAAAACAAGGGAGCUGAAUUUUUUUAUUGACAGAUGGAAAACUAAAUUUCAACAAGAAAACCCUGUCCUUAUUAAUGCAGGAAUGACCAUUGAUGGACUUCGGGCUUAUGAUGCAACCGUUGCUCUUGCUAGAGCUGUGGAAGAAGUUGGUAUUAAUAACUUCACAUUUCAGAGAGCUGGGAAUGCAGCCAAUUUAUCAACUGAUAUUUCUGAUAUUAGAGUCUCUCAGUAUGGUCAACAAUUACUCCAAUCAAUACUAAGGUCGAGGUUUACGGGACUUGUAGGCGAUUUUACUCUAGACCAAGGGCAGCUGCAACAUUCGACCUUUCAAGUUAUAAAUGUAUGGGGCAAUCAAGAGAAAGAAGUUAGUUUCUGGACUCAAUCUACUGGAUUUGUUAAAACACUAACUUCGGCAAACAGCCGUAAACAUGCCUUUGCUAAGGCUAGCCUUGCGUCCAUCAUAUGGCCGGGAGGCUCUAAAUCUGCUCCUAAAGGUUGGGUAGUUUCACCAAAUGGAAACAGGUUAAAGAUUGGUGUUCCAAUUAAGAAUGGUUUCCGUCAAUUUGUGACAGUCACUCAAGAUCCUGCCACCAAUAAAACAAAAGUUACAGGCUAUUGCAUUGACGUCUUUGAUGCUGUAAUGAGUAAACUCCCAUACUCUGUACUUUACGACUAUUUCCCUUUCACAGAGCAAGAAGGUGAACCUACUAAUAGCUAUAAUACUCUGGUUUCUCAAGUCUACCUUAAGAACUUUGAUGCAGUGGUGGGAGAUAUAACAAUUCGUGCAAAAAGGUCGUUGCAUGUUGAUUUUACGUUGCCUUAUACUGAGUCUGGUGUUGUAAUGAUUGUACCUAUGAAAAGCAAUAAGAAAAUUCGAGCCUGGCUGUUUGUCAAACCUUUGACCUGGGAACUAUGGGUUGCGGCCUUCUGCUCCUUCAUUUUCAUUGCAUUUGUAGUAUGGGUACUUGAGCAUCGAAUAAAUGAAGAUUUCAGAGGACCACCAGGGCAUCAAGCUGGAACAAGUUUAUAUUACUCAUUCUCAACAUUGGUUUUCUCACACAGUUUUAAUGUGUUCAGCAACCUAACAAGGUUUGUGGUCAUUAUUUGGGUUUUCGUGGUGCUCAUCCUUAUACAAAGCUACACUGCCAACUUGGCGUCCUUGCUGACAGUGCAACAACUUCAACCCACCAUCAGAGACAUUAAAGAGCUGAUAAAAAGAGGGGAGACUGUUGGGUUUCAAGAAGGCUCCUUUGUUGAACAAUCUCUAAUAGAGAUGAACUUUAGUCCCUUGAACCUAAAGUCUUAUAAUACCACAGACCAACUGCACCAACUUUUAGAAAAGGGGACAGAAAAAGGAGGCAUUGCUGCAGCAUUUGAUGAACUUCCAUAUGUGAAGGUUUUUCUUGCAGAAUAUGGCUCCAGAUAUACUGUAGUACCGCCAACAUAUAAGACUGAUGGCUUUGGAUUUGUUUUCCCCAAAGGUUCUCCUCUUGGUUCAGAUGUCUCCCAUGAAGUGCUAACUGUAACAGAGGGAAAAGAAAUGAUAGAAUUGGAGAAGAAGUGGUUUAAGGACACGGAUUGUCAAGAUUUAGGUGCUUCAUUGUCUUCAACUAGUCUUGGUCUUGACAGUUUUUGGGGCUUAUUUACAAUUGCAGGCGCUGCAGCAUUGUUUGCUCUCAUUGUAUCCUUGGCAGGCUUCCUAAAAGAGCAUAGAACUGUGUUAUCUGAUGGUAGUGCCUCAGUUUGGACCAGAAUAAGGACACUGAUGAAGGUUUAUGACCAAAAGAAUCUCAGCUCUCAUACUUUCAGGAAAAGUCCACAACAAGAUCUAAAUUUUCUAGGUACACCAUCAAAUAGUUCAUAUCCACAAAGUCCAUCAAGUUAUUGGCACAAUUCAGAAAGAGGCUUUAAUAAUGAUGGACAAUCAACUCCUUCGUCAGAAAGAACGGAUCUCAAUUCAAUUAGGCUGGAAAAUUUGAAGAAUAUUGCUAAUGAAAAUGCUUAGGUUGGGUAUACUCGAGUAUGGUAGAAUGAAACUUUUGUGAAGGUUUAAAGACUGAUGUAGCUUCUUCAGGUAUGUGCAGAGAGAUCAUGCAUGUAAAUAUACCGCAAAGCUUAUGUUAUUAGAUAUAGGCAUGAUUCCAUUCUUAGUUCUCAGUGUAACACAAGAUACUAGUAAGAUAAGAGUUUUUACAUGACCGCAUCCUAAAAAUGUCCGAAAACCUGGCUUUCAUGGUCAUGACAUGCACAGAAGAGAGAUAUGAUUGUUUUAGUUUAAUAACAAUGUAUACUUAUGCAAUGUGUAUAUUAGGAUACUGUCUUAGCAUUAGACUAUUCAUUUUUCACAAAAUUGUAUUGAAUUAUACAAAUUAAUCUCUAAUAUCAAAUUGAAGUAUUCAAUUUCUCUGUUUGGAUGC